CAGCUUCCGCUUUAUUCCUCGCCCAAAGGGAGGAGGAGGAGCAGGCCAAGUGAGCAUAACCUCGGAGCGGCAGAGGAGAGCGCGCCGCCGGAAGCCAUGGCCGCCGCCGCCGUCUCCUUCGCCGAGCCCAAGACCAAGUACGAUCGCCAGCUCAGGAUAUGGGGUGAUCAAGGACAAGAUGCACUGGAGAAGGCUAGCAUAUGCCUGCUUACCUGUGGCCCCACUGGAACUGAAGCAAUGAAGAAUCUUGUGCUUGGAGGAGUAGGGAGUGUUACUGUCGUUGAUGGUUCCAAAGUCGAACCAUCUGACCUUGGAAACAACUUUUUGUUGGAUGUAGGGUGCUUGGGGCAAUCAAGAGCAAAAUCUGUAUGUUCAUUCCUGCAAGAGCUGAAUGAUGCUGUAAAUGCCAAGUUUGUUGAGGAGUCUCCUCUGGAUCUUAUAGAUACAAAUCCUUCGUUCUUUUCACAGUUUACCGUUGUCAUUGCUACUCAGCUUCCGGAGAGUUCUUUACUGAAACUAGAUAGUAUCUGCAGGAAAGCAAAUAUUGUGUUGGUUGCUGCACGUUCAUAUGGUCUUACUGGUCUAGUAAGGAUCAGUGUCAAGGAGCACAAUGUUAUAGAAUCAAAACCAGACCACUUCUUGGAUGAUUUACGCCUUCAUGAUCCAUGGACUGAACUCAAGCAAUUUGCAAAAUCAAUUGAUAUAAAUGAUAAAGAUCCAGUUGUGCACAAGCACACCCCGUACAUUGUUAUCCUUGUGAGGCUUGCGGAAAAAUGGGCAGAUGCACAUGAUGGACGCUUACCUUCAACUAGGCAAGAGAAAAGGGAAUUCAAGGACCUGAUUCGAGAGCAUAUGCUUAAUUUAGAUGAAGAGAACUAUAAAGAAGCAGUGGAAUCCUCGUAUAAAGUCUCCGUCACUCCAGGAAUCAGUGAUGAUAUCCGGAAGAUAAUUGAUGAUAGCUCUGCUGAAGUAAAUUCAUCUUCUUCAGAUUUCUGGGUUUUAGUGGCUGCUUUGAAGGAAUUUAUCGCAAAUGAGGGCAAUGGUGAACCACCACUUGAGGGGACGAUACCUGAUAUGACUUCUCUUACUGAGUAUUAUGUUAGCCUCCAAAGGAUUUACCAAGCUAAGGCUGAAUCUGACUGUCUUGCCUUGGAGCAUCAUGUAAGGGAUAUCUUGAAACGAAUUGAUAGAGACCCUGAUUCUAUUUCACGGGCAUAUAUCAAAGCAUUUUGCAGAAAUGCUAGAAAACUCAAAGUCUGUAGAUACCGCAGUUUGGAGGAGGAGUUCAGCUCUCCUUUUCUUUCUGAAGCUCAAAAGUACUUCACUGAUGAGGACUACUGCUUUGCGAUCAACUUCUAUGUUCUGCUACGCGCUGUCGAUCGCCUUACUGCCAACUACAGCAGGUUCCCUGGACUCUUUGAUAGUGAGAUUGAUGAGGAUGUGCCUAGGCUGAAGACAGCUGCUGUUUCAGUAAUGAGGGAGAUGGGUUUGAACGGAGCACCCUUGUCCGAAGACCUGAUUACUGAAAUGUGCCGGUUUGGGGGUGCAGAAAUUCAUCCCGUGGCAGCCUUCAUUGGCGGGGUGGCAUCCCAAGAAGUAAUUAAGUUGGUCACCAAACAGUUUGUGCCUUUGCUGGGAACAUUUAUAUUCAACGGAAUUGAUCACAAAUCUCAAGUUUUGGUGUUAUAACAUUACUCUGAUAUAGAGUUUCUCGGAACCUCACCCAAUUAAUUACAUUAGAUUUGCCCCAGAUUUUGUAUUACGGCCUCCCGGUGCAAUGAAAAUCACUUGUCCAUAUAUAUGUUCGUUGUCAGAUUUGGAACUUAUCGUCGUAUUUACAUGGGAGAAUCUCCAAAUACCCCCUGACACAUCUCAGUAUGAAUUCUGUGGGAUCUCCGUGUUCUCUUCUCCACCAAUUAUAAUGUGCUGAUUCUGUAAGAUAGUGGGCACUGGACAGUGAACGUGUGCGAGAUAUAGGAAUAGGUCGUAACGGAGAAGAAAGUUCAUAUUCGAUGCUGUUGUGAUUGUACGAUUCAUGAGGCAUCGAGGCUGUGUUUUCUUUUAAGAUAAAGAUGGUAAAUUAUUUGAUUUUUUUGAUAGCUAUUGUAUGGUAUAAACAAUGAAAUUAACUAUUACAAGUUUAAAAUCUGCUUUAGUAAUAUGAGAUAAUCUACUUUUAUAUGUAA